UGCCGCAGCUCUCCGUCUCAGUGCAGCUCAUCACCUACCCGAAGAAGGCCGGCUCGGCUUCGGUUCGGCACCUCGUCGAGCACUCCGACACAGCGGCGGUGAUCUGCCGACGUGGACAUCAGGCGCACGGCGGUGUCGACCCAACACAUCGCUCGCUGUUCACAACCCAGUGUGCCACGCCGCUGACGACGACCGGCGCUCACCCCAGAGCCACCGGCGCCCAGGAAAGGAGACCGCCCACAUUCGCGGAGUCCUCUGCGGACUUUCACUGGGACUAGCUCACCGCGGACCUCGAGGUUCUCUCCGCCGUACAACAUGUCGGGCAUCGUGCAGACAGUGGUGCGCAACUACCAUGAUAUUGUGCAGGAGACGAAAGUCGAUCCCAUGGUGGACUCGUGGUUCCUCAUGGGCUCGCCCCUGCCCAUCCUCUCCAUCCUCGCCGUCUACCUGUGGUUCGUCCUCAAGGCGGGCCCGGCCUUCAUGGCCUCGAGGAAGCCGUACAACCUGCAGCCUAUCCUCAUCCUGUACAACGGCUACCAGGUCCUCUUUAGCCUGUGGCUCUGCACCAUGCCCCUGAGAGUAAACGCCAUCCCGUACCUCCUGAAACACGGAUGCCACCCUCCGCAGAACCAGCACAAUCCGUUCACCAUCGCGGUUUCUAAUGGCGCAUGGUGGUACUUUUUUUCAAAAGUGAUUGAGUUGCUUGAUACGGUAUUUUUUGUGCUUCGAAAGAAGCAAAACCAAGUUUCCUUCCUGAACGUCUACCAUCACACCAUCACCUGCUUCUUUUCAUGGUGCUACCUUAAGUACCUACCAGGUGAACAAGGAGUGGUCAUUGGGUUCCUUAACUCAAUUGUCCAUGUAGUAUUGUAUUCCUACUACCUUAUUGCCGCCCUAGGGCCAAAGUACCAGAAGUAUUUGUGGUGGAAGAAAUAUGUCACCAAAAUUCAACUGGCACAGUUCUGCAUUAUGCUGAUGUACUUGGGCACAUUGCUGCUCUUCGACUGCAGGCUUCCCAAAGCUCUGACAUUCUUCUUUGUGGGUAAUGUUGUCAUCUUCCUCUUCCUGUUUGCUGAUUUCUACCGAAAAGCAUAUGCAAGGAGACCCUCAAGAAACCAAGAUUCUGUAGCAGACAAAAAGUCAGAACCAUCCAGUUAUAAGAACACCCUACCAGUCCUGCCAGUAAAUGGUGUUUCAAACAGGAAACCACAAACUGUGCAGUAACUGAUUACAAAUAUUUGAGAGUCUGGGCUACGCCAUCAUUGUCCAUGCAAUUAAUUUUAUUUCAUAAAUCUGAAACAGAGGUUCAUGCCAGAACUUGAUAGGAGAUUACAUGUUAUAUGUAGUUCACCAUCAAGGACAUGUUCCAUGUGCAGAAAAUGUAUUGUUGCUUCAAAAGCAAAGUGGGCCCCCACCUAUGAUGGCAUACUGCACAGUUUAAGAGUUUAUGAAAUGAUAGAGAUGCAGCACUACUGACCACACCAUUGGAAUUGUUGCAAAAUUCAAGGAAUUUAAAGAAUGCAAUGUGGAUGGUAGGUGUAGCAUUACUACUAUGUUCCCAUCUUUCCAAAAAAAGUAAGUAUAGAAAUGGAAAGUAUUGAAUUUUCAUACAACUGUGAUAAAAAUGCACAUGAACUUAGAGAUGGCUCACAAGAUAAGGUGUUUGCCUGAAAUUUGAGAUGGUGUUAUGCGCACUCACUGAGAUGUCAAUAGAACAAAAUGUUAUUACAAUCAAGACAUUGAUCUACAAAAUAUUUGAAGUUAAACUGAAGCCUUAAGAAAUGAUACUCUUAAGAUACAGUAUUGCUCAUGUAGAUGCUCUUGAUAAUAGAUUAGAAAUUAAGAAUACUUUAGAUGUCAUAGAUUAUUUAUUGAAAUUGAUUUUUAAUGCCAGAAGGCAUGAGUAAGUUAUUGAUACUGUUGCAGAACAAUAAAAGUAUUACCUCAUUGUCAAAACAAAUGUAUAAUAAAUAUAAUUCUACACCAAUUAUUAUAAUACCUAUACACAAUAUCCAAUAAGAAGGGCAUAUAAAAAAGCAUGCAUGUUACAGAAAAUAAAGAGAUCACAAGCAAAUUUAAA